CCGAAAGCAAGCGGCGCUGAAACUGGUCUCAUGUUUCAAGAUGGAGUUUGUGUAUUCUGCAUACGAUAUCGAAAAGUGUGUUCAGUGGAUCCAGACGAAUUCACUAAAGCAGGUAUGUCUACAAUUUCCAGAUAGUUUAUUACUAGAUUCCGUAGAAGUUGCGCUACAUUUGGAAAGAAGUAUAGGGCAAAAAGUAUACAUCUUAGGAGAUACAACUUGCGGUAGUUGUUGUGUUGAUGAAAUUGCGGCACAACAUAUUAAUGCAGAUGGUAUAAUACAUUUUGGACAUGCCUGCCUUAAUCCUACCGCUCGCUUACCAGUUUUACACAUUUUGCCAAAAAAGCAGUUUGAUACAAUAGAAUUCUGUAAUGAAUUUAAACGAGUCUUCUCAGAUCCCUCAAAGAAAAUUUUAUUCUUCUACGAUGUGGCAUACGCGCAUAAAAUUGAGCAUGUAUAUGAUAUAUUGAAACCUAUAUACAAACAUUUAAUUUUGUCUGAAUUAAAUUGUAUAUCAAACGUGGAAUAUACUGAUACAAAAACAACCAGUGCCUCAACUGUCUUAGGCAGAAACUAUACAUUAGAAAAUGGAUAUAACAUACAGGAUUACGAGGGGUUUUUUUUGGGAGAGGAAGGAAAAACAUUUUCGAUAUUAGCAAUGAGUAUACCUGUUAAAAGAUGGUAUUCCUUUGCAAAUAGUAAAAUUCAUGAAUUUGAAGCACUGAACACACCCUGGCUAAAACGAAGAAGAUUUUUAAUAGAGAAGUUGAAGGAUGCCAAAGUUGUGGGAAUUGUAGUGGCUACAUUAGGCAUUAAAGAAUAUCUGACAGCUAUAAACACAGUGAAAAAGAUUCUUAAGCAAAAAAAUAAGAAAUCAUAUAUUCUUAACGUAGGAAAAAUUAAUCCUGCUAAACUUGCAAAUUUUCCAGAGAUUGACGCUUUUGUUGUAAUAGCUUGCCCAGAGAACGAAGUAUUUGACUCAAGAGAUUUUUUAAAGCCUAUGGUUACGCCGUACGAAGUUGAAUUGGCAUUUAAUACUGCAAGGGAGUUUUGCCUACAAUAUUUUAUGGACUUUCGGCAGAUAUUGCCUGGUGGUUCUCAUUAUGUCAAUUUUAAGCCAUCAACUGAUUCAGACAUUUCCCUUAUUAAUAGCAGUGUUAGAAACUGUGAGGAUGAUACUUCGUGUACAGAUCAAAUGAAUGCUCUGACAAUUCGUUCAUCAGGUACUAUUGCUAUUGGUAAGGCUGGAGCUCAAUAUCUACAAGAGAGAUCCUGGAAGGGUGUUGAACAAAGAUUAGGUGAAGAUCUUGUGCAACCAGCAGAAAUCGGUCGCACGGGUUUAGCAUGGGAGUAUACCAAUGAAUCUUUAAAAGUAGAUAAACAUAAUAUAUAAAUAUAAUAAUAAAUAUAAUAUUUCUAAAAA